AUGAAACGAUUAUCUCAAGGACAAGUAAGGUUUUGUGUUGUUCAGCCAACAUGUCUCACAUCAUGGCUGCUCAUAUUUCUCUCCUUGAAGUCAAUCUCUUCCCUAAAACCUGCUCGACUUCCAGUUCAUCAAAGAAAACCUUUUAUAGCUGCUUGGAAUGCUCCAACAGAUCAGUGUUUGAUAAAAUAUAAUAUAAGACUGAAUUUGAAAAUGUUUCAGAUGAUUGGAAGCCCACUGGCCAAGGCCAGGGGGCAAAAUGUCACUAUAUUUUAUGUCAACAGAUUAGGAUACUAUCCAUGGUACACAUCACAGGGGGUUCCCAUUAAUGGGGGUCUCCCCCAGAACAUAAGUUUGCAAGUUCAUCUAGAAAAAGCCGACCAAGAUAUUAAUUAUUAUAUCCCUGCUAAAGAUUUCAGUGGACUUGCUGUUAUAGACUGGGAAUAUUGGCGACCUCAGUGGGACCGGAACUGGAACACGAAAGAUGUCUACAGACAGAAGUCAAGAAAACUUAUUUCUGAUAUGCAAACGAAUGUGUCAGCUGCCGAUGUUGAAUGUUUAGCCAAAGCAACCUUUGAGGAAAGUGCAAAAGCUUUCAUGAAGGAAACCAUCGAAUUGGGAAUUAAGAACAGACCCAAGGGCCUUUGGGGUUAUUACUUAUAUCCCGAUUGCCACAAUUAUAAUAUUUAUGCCCCAAACUAUACUGGGUCAUGCCCAGAAGCGGAAGUUUUGAGGAACAACGAGCUCUCUUGGCUCUGGAACAGCAGUGCUGCUUUAUAUCCUUCCGUCGGUGUCGGGAAACCUCUUCGAGACAGCGAAAACAUUUUGCGCUUCGCGCAGUUUCGGGUGCUUGAAUCCAUGAGGAUCGCCACCAUGACACCCCAUGAUUACGCUCUGCCUGUGUUCGUCUACACAAGGCUAGGCUACAGAGAAGAACCUUUACUUUUCCUUUCUAAGGAAGAUCUAAUCAGUACCAUUGGAGAAAGUGCUGCCUUGGGAGCUGCAGGCAUUGUUAUUUGGGGAGACAUGAAUUUAACUUCAUCUGAGGGCAACUGUACAAAGGUGAAGCAGUUUGUGAGUGGCGAUUUGGGGAGCUACAUAGUCAACGUGACCAAAGCUGCCGAGACUUGCAGCCAUCACCUCUGUAGGAAUAACGGGAGAUGCGUAAGGAAGGUGUGGAAAGCUCCGGAUUACCUCCACUUGAACCCUGCAAAUUACCACAUAGAGGCCUCUGAGGACGGAGAAAUUGAUGUGAAAGGAAAAGCAUCGGAUAUGGACCUGGCAGUGAUGGCGGAGAAAUUUUCCUGUCAUUGUUAUCAGGGAUACGAAGGGGCUGACUGCAGAGAAAUGAGGGCGGCUGAUGGCUGCGCUGGGGUUUCCUCUUUUUCCAGCUUACUGGUAACGCUAUGUCUGCCAGUUUUAGCAGGUCGUUAA